CGGGCACAGUCAAAGAGUGUUUUUCAUUCGAGCCGGAUUUGUUUUCAUUAAUAAUGCUGGACGAUAGACAAUGAAAUGCAGCCCGAUUCCUCUGGUUCCAUUUGUUCUCUCGAUCGAAGCCGUAACCGCGUGUGUCGUUGGCUGUUCAUUCAGUGGGGAGGAUGAUAUAAAUAGAAGAAAUGUGUCUGCAAUCAAAUAUCCGGAUGCGCUACCGCGAAAAAUAUUUCUCUUUGGAUAAUUCCCACCGCCAACAAACUCUCUCCCUUAGAGAAUAUCAACCCAACCCAGACAAACAAUGGAAGAAAACAUUUUCAUUCUGAUAGACUCGAAGACUCAAGAGCUCUUAUCAUGCUCCUAUUUAGUUAGUUCCGCGCUAGCUAAAGCUUUGUUUCCUCUCGGCCCCCCCUCAAAGAGUUUCGUUUCAACGCAUACUAAAUAAAUUGAAUUCCUCUUUCUUGAACUAAUACUUCUCUAUCGAAAUUGCGGAUUUUAUUUGCUAUUGUAUGCUCUAUUAGCUACAGGAUAGAAACCUCCCACGCAGAAACCCGAGAUCUUCAGCCAAAAUGCCCAGACGUUCCUCCCGCCUCAACCUCCGAUCAUCAGCCACCGAACAGCAGAAGAAACGAGCUUCUGCCAACGGCUCGGUUUCCAGUUCAGAAGCAGCCAGAGAGUCUAAACGACGAAAGCCCUCUAAGGGUAAAAGCGCUGCAAGGGAGCCGAAGCCCGUUAAAUCUACAGAUAAAAAGAGCAAAUACUUCAGGAACCAGCACGCGGCGAGUGUGGAUGCGGAGACGACAGAGCUCUCCGAGGUAGCUUCUAAUACACCGGCGGCUUACGAAGAGGGCGAAGAGGGCGACGAGGACUCACUUUCUAUACCGCCGGUUAGGGAUGAGUCCGAAUCAGAAUCUAAGCCUACCAAAAAGCGCGGCAGUCGGGGCUGGGCAAGCGGGCGGAAGAAAGCAACGGAAGCCACUCAGGGUUCUAGGAGGGAAAAGGCAGUCUCCUCUGCUUCGACGGCGGGCAAAGGAAAGGAGUUAUGGCGGGAGGGUGUGAAGACUGGCCUAGGACCUGGGAAGGAAGUCUUCAUUAAGCUACCCAAGCCUAGGGAUGCUGGUGAUACGCCCUACGAGGAUAAUACGAUUCAUCCAAACACAUUAUUAUUCCUCAAGGAUUUAAAGGCGAAUAAUCAGCGCGAGUGGCUGAAGAUGCAUGAUGCGGAUUUUCGGACCUCGCAACGUGACUGGGACACGUUCGUCGAAAGUCUCACGGAAAAGAUCAUGGAGAAGGAUAGCACAAUCCCAGAAUUGCCUGCCAAAGAUCUGGUCUUCCGUAUAUAUCGAGAUAUCCGGUUCAGCAAUGAUCCCACCCCAUACAAACCUCAUUUCUCGGCUGCAUGGUCUCGCACCGGACGCAAGGGCCCUUACGCCGCCUAUUACGUGCAUAUAGAGCCUGGCAGAAGUUUUGUGGGCUCGGGCCUCUGGCAUCCAGAAGCUGCCAAGCUUGCCUUGCUUCGCCGAGAUAUUGACCAGAAUUCACGGCGAAUCAAGAACGUGUUAAAUGCAGUGGACGUUCGAAAGGAGCUCUUCAAUGGUGUUCCGAAAUCUGAAAAGGAGGCCGUCUUAGCAUUCGUCAGCCAGAACCAAGAGAGUGCGCUGAAAACUAAACCAAAAGGCUACGAUGCUGAUAACAAGAACAUCGAUCUUCUGCGGCUCCGCAGCUUUACCAUUAGCAAAAGACUUGAGGACAAAGACUUGCUAGGUCCGAAAGCCCUCGAUCGUGUUGCACGUACGGUUGAGAUCAUGGUACCUUUCGUCACAUACUUAAACAGUGUUGUGAUGCCCGAUCCCCCUUUAGAGGAGGAUCCUAAUGAUGAUGAUAUUAUUAUUGAUAGAGACUCCGGCCACGAUGACGGUGGACCCGGUGAAGUCGUUAGCGAACCAGAGUAGCAACGCUCAUCAUAGCUAACGCACUGAAUGACGCUGGGCCGAUUUUUGCUCCUCCCUAUCUGCCACCUGUCUAGCGCUGGAUGUUGUAACAAUAUGGGUAUUUUGAAGAGUGAUGCAGUUGCUUUAUCAUUUUGUGUCAGUGGAGAAGUGUCAUCCUCCCAAUCAUCUAGGUAGCAGGACUGUUUGCUUGAUUUGGAAUUGGUGUUGGAUCUCAUGCCGUUCUUUGAUGGUACCCUAUUCCUAUUGCAUCCUAACCCACUCGAAUCCUCGCGGAUGCAAGAAACCAAGUUUUAGAACAGGUCCCUUCAGCUCCAUUCUCUUGCGAGCUACGAGUUUCAAAAUUUCAACUAUGUGGCAUUGUGACUCCAGUCAAUGCGGAAUCCCCCAUCCCAUCAAAGCCUGCCAUUCUUGACACACAUUAUCUCAGGCUGGGGCCGUCUCCUCGUACGCACACCGUCAAUUGCAAACUGACUUUCGGGUGGGGUCACUCAGAAGGAGAACGGGGAAAUGGCGCUUGCGCAUUGCUCCGGCAAGCUCUCUUUUUUCACAAGAGGUGAAAGAAAAGGGAAAAAGAAAAGAAAAACGGAAAAGCAAAGGAAAGGAAAAGAGGCUUGACAAACUCGUAUCCUCCAGGUCCCUCUUAUUAUUAUUACUACCUUCCCUCCCGGCCCAACUCAACUCUUACUCCCACUCUUUGGUUCUGUGUCAUAUCCUUGUCUCCUCUCUCCCCCCCCCCCCUCUGAACGAACGAACUAUGCCUCCAACUAAAAACCCCCCAGCCAAACCUCCAGCCUAGAUCUUUCUCUGGGACAGGUAAAGCAGGAAAAGUGGCCCCCUCCCUCAGCUAGUAGUAGGCGUCUUUUAAAACGAAUGAAGUUUCACUGGAUCCGGUCGUCCCCAAAAGAAAAAUAUUAUAAAUCCUUCCCCUAUUAUUAUUAUUUCGGCAACGUGUAGAGAAUUAACACGAGCCGACUUGCAGGUCUCGGAAGGCGCGAUCACAGCUUAUGCCCCCCCCCCCCCCUUCAACCAAAAAAAAAGGGGGAAAACCUGGGGCGUUGUGAUUCUUCUCACAUGCGCAAAUGAUAUGUCGUUUCAAUAAUAUUUUGAGAAGAGUAAGUAUAGAAUAAUUUAGAAUGAAUGUAUGCCACCUUCGUUUGGGAGGGGGUUAGUUCGUCGUGGUCGUUGGUUCUGACGUCCCAAUCUCAGUGACAUACUACAUAUAUAUAUAUAUAUAUAUAUAUAUUUGUGAACACUUCUCGCUAUCCCCAGCAGCUAAGGUAGUUAUAGUUCCCAGUCAAAACCAGUAAAUCUAAUAUCAUACCGCGAUCAAUUGAAGAGCCAGUUUAUAUGCUGGAUUGGUAUGUUUCAUUCAGAGCAGAUUUAACAUGUAGAUAUAUAGUUACGUAAAAAAAAAAAGAAAAAAAAAAAA